AUGAGCGUGAGCGACAGAAGAAAACACUUCAAAACACCUGAAAACACACGAAAGGACAGUUUGUUCUCUCUUCGGGUCAUCUUUCUGGACGACAGCGAGCAUGUUUUUCAGAUGGAGCAAAGGGUGCUGGGAAAGGAUUUCUUCAACUCAGUUUGUGGACACCUUAAACUGGUGGAAAAGGAAUACUUCGGCCUUGAGUUUCGACAUCACUGUGGGAGUUAUGUUUGGCUGGAACUGCUUAAGCCUCUUGCCAAACAAAUCAAACGAAGAAAUGAUCUGACCUUCCGCUUCAUAGUGAAGUUUUUUCCUCCAGAUCCAGGAGAACUGCAGAGAGAAGUGACCAGGUAUCUGUUUGCACUGCAGAUUAAACAGGAUCUGUCCAUCGGCAGUCUGACCUGUAAUGAUAACAGUGCUGCUCUUCUGGUUUCCUAUCUUCUUCAGGCAGAGAUUGGGGACUUUAUAGAAGAGCUGGACAAGCAGCAUUUGGAGAACAAGCGGUACAUCCCAAACCAGGAUGUCCUCCACAAAAAGAUCCUCCGUUUCCAUAAGAGGCACAGAGGUCAGUCUCCAGCUGAAGCGGAUCAUCAGCUUCUGGAGGUGUCCCGUAAGCUAGACAUGUACGGGAUCCGGCCUCACGCCGCCACUGAUGGAGAAAACAUGAGGAUCAAUCUUGCAGUCACUCACUGUGGCGUGCUGGUUUUUCAGGUGCGGACAUUUUGUUAA